CUGGAUUUUCUCCUAACCAUUGUAUAUAAAGCCCUGUUUUUUUAACCUUCCUAUUUUAUUAAGUUUAUUGAGAAGAGUCAUUGAUUUGAAUUGUUUUUAACCGCCUGCUUUUAGGGUUUUUUCUCUGCUUUAAAGCAGGCCAUUAGUGUCUGCUACUAGGGUCCUUUGCAAUCCAUUGGAAAGGAGGAGCUAGAGAGAGCUUAAUCGUGGCGUUCUAUGGUUAUCUAAUGGUUUUUUAAUUUCUUAAUUAAAGGGUUUUGAGGAUUUGUUUCAGAGAAGAGAUUUUUCUAUGAUAUAUCCAGAGCUUUAACACGUUAAAACCCUAGACUGAGCAGAACCAAUUUCACUUCUGGUUCAAGCCAUGGAUGACCUAGAGAAAGCAAUUAUCAUCAGCUUUGACGAAUCAGGAAAUAUAAACCCCAGUCUCAAGGCUCAGGCUAUUGCUUAUUCUCAACAGAUAAAGGAGACCCCUUCGAUACACCGCUUGUUUAUCGAGAGGCUCUCUUACAGUAACUACACUCAGGUUCAGUUCUGGUGCUUGCAAGCUUUAGAAGAAGUUCUAAGGCUUAGGUAUUCUUCUCUGAAUUCAGACGAAAGGUCUUUUAUUCGCAAAUCUAUUACUUCGAUUGCUUGUCUUGAAGGUCUUGAUGGUCAGGAUUCAUCCACAAUCAGGGUUUUGAAUGCUCCAGUCUUCGUAAAGAACAAGCUUGCUCAAAUCAUUGUAACGCUAAUCCACCUUGAAUACCCCAUUGCCUGGUCCUCCAUCUUCUUGGAUUUUCUGUCUCAUCUCUCUAAAGGUCCAUUGGUUGUUGACAUGUUUUGUCGAGUUUUGAAUGCCCUAGAUGAAGAGCUCAUAAGCUUGGAUUAUCCUCGAAGCCAAGAGGAGUUACAAGCAGCUGUUAGAGUAAAGGAUGCAAUGAGGCAACAAUGUGUGCCUCAAAUUGUUGGAGCCUGGUAUGAACUUGUAACCUUGUAUAAAGACUCAAAUCCAGAGCUAGCUGCUAGUGUUUUGGAUACUAUGCAUAGAUACGUGAACUGGAUUGAUAUAGGGCUCAUAGCAAAUGAAGUAUUUGUACCUCUUCUUUUCGAGAUCAUGCUCUCUGAAUUGAAAUUAGAGCAUUUAAGAUGUGCUUCUUCUACUUGUGUUUCUUCAAUUGUUGGUAAGAGAAUGGACCCUCAAUCAAAGCUCACUUUGUUAAGGAAGAUCCAAAUAAAUCGGGUUUUUAGUUUGGUUUUAGGAGAUGAAGAAACCCAGUUGAAAUCUACUGUCUCUGAUCUUCUUACUUGCUAUGCAACUGAGGUUUUGGAUUGCUCAAAGAGACUGGACUCUGAAAAAGUUUGUGAGUCGAACAUAGAUUAUAAAAGCUUAUCCAUUGAACUCUUGGAUGAGGUUUUGCCAUCUGUUUUCUAUGUUAUGAAGCACAAUGAGAUUGAUUCUUCUUUUAACACUGUUCAGUUUUUAUCAAACUAUGUUUCCACCAUGAAAAGCCUCUCCCCUUUGAGGGAGAAGCACAUUCUUCAUUUGGGUCAGAUCCUAGAAGUCAUUCGAGCUCGAAUUUGCUAUGAACCCAUAUAUAGGGAAAACCUGAAUAUCCCGGAUAAGAUUGGAAUGGAAGAGGAGGAUAGAAUGUUAGAAUAUCGAAGGGAUUUAUUCGUGCUUCUUCGAAGUGCAGGUAGAGUGGCACCCGAUGUUACCCAACUAUUUGUUAGGAACACUUUUGCGACUGCUUUGGGAUCCUCGGAAAUGCAAAUUGAAGAGGUAGAAGCUGCAAUUUCUCUUUUAUAUGCGAUUGGGGAAGCGAUUAGUGAUGAGGGAAUCCGGACUGGAACUGGGGUCUUGGGUGAGAUUGUUCCAUUGCUCUUAUCAGCAAGGUUUCCUUGCCAUUCUCACAGGCUUGUGGCAUUGGCUCACUUGGAAACUGUGUUUAGAUAUGCAAAGUUUGUGCAAGAGCACACAGAGUAUGUGCAUGUGGUGCUUGGUGUGUUCUUAGAUGCAAGGGGUAUCCACCACCCAAAUCGUAGAGUGAGCCGGCGAGCCAGUUAUCUCUUCACAAGGGUUGUGAAGCUCUUGAGAGGGCAUCUUAUACCCUUCAUUCCAACGAUCCUACAGAGUCUUCAAGAUACUGUUGUUGAGUUCACAAGAUCUGAUUGGUCUGCAAAAGAGCUGAAGGGAAUGGGUUCAGAAGAUGGAAGUCACAUAUUUGAGGCAAUUGGCUUGCUGAUUGGAAUGGAGGAAGUAUCGCCAGAUAAGCAAUCUGAAUACCUCUCGGCAUUGCUCGUGCCUCUAUGUCGACAGGUUGAUUCGCUGCUUUCAAACUCCAGACAGCAGAACCCUGCGGAUAAUGCUGCUAAUGUAGUUCGCAUCCAGCAAGCAAUUGUGGCUAUAAAUGCACUGAGCAAGGGUUUUAGUGAGCGGCUUGUGACAACUGGACGUCCCACAAUUGGAUACAUGUUUAAGCAGACUCUGGAUGUUCUUAUGCAAGUCCUUGUGGUGUUUCCCAAGCAUGAACAGCUGAGGAGUAAGGUUACCUCAUUUCUUCACCGAAUGGUCGAUACUUUGGGGCCAUCAGUAUUUCCUUACCUUCCUAGAGCACUCGAACAAUUGCUUGUGGAAAGUGAGCCCAAAGAAUUGGUCAGCUUCCUGGUAUUAAUCAAUCAACUUAUAUCAAAAUUCAAGGGUGAAAUGGGUGCAAUAUUGGAAGAAAUAUUUCCAUUUAUUGCAAGUCGUGUGUUUCACAUUCUCCCCAAGGAUGUGUUCCCUUCUGGACCUGGAGGUAACACGGAGGAACUUCGAGAGCUGCAAGAGCUUCAGCGAACUCUGUAUACCUUCCUCCAUGUGAUGACUACACAUGAUCUAUCAUCAGUUUUCCUUACCCCUAAAAGCAGGGAAUACUUGGAUGAAAUAAUGCGCUUGCUUCUUUAUACUGCAUGUACUCACAAAGACAUCCUUGUACGAAAGGCUUGUGUACAGAUUUUUGUUAAACUAAUAAGAGACUGGUGUACCUUAUCGAAUGAGGAAGAAAAGGUGCCUGGUUUCCGGAGCUUUAUUAUCGAGACAUUUGCUACCAACUGCUGUUUAUAUAGUGUGCUCGAUAGUUCUUUUGAGCUCCGUGAUGCAAACACACUUGUUCUUUUUGGAGAAAUUGUGGCCGCUCAGAAGGUCAUGUACGAGAAGUUUGGUAAUGACUUUCUCAUUCAUUUUGUGAACAAAGGAUUCCCAGCUGCUCACUGUCCUCAGAACCUUGCUGAGCAGUAUUGUCAAACACUCCAGCAGUGCAGUGAUGUUAAAGCAUUAAAGUCAUUCUACCAGUCCCUCAUCGAAAACUUAAGACAUCAACAAAACGGAAGCCUCGUCUUCAGAUAGCAUUAGCCUACCCGACUCUUCCAUGCCCAUGUAUUAUUUCUACCGCGCUUCUCUUGUAGAAGCCACAGGUGCUGGCUUUAUUUUAUUUUUUGAUCUGGUCAAGCCUUGCCAAAAGCACUCUCAAAUUAUCAAAUAGGUGUAUAUUUCGGGGAUCACUUGUUCAAAAAAGCGAGAAGAGAAGAAAACACAUUCAUUUUGACAUUUGAGUUUGGUGUGUAAAUUUGUGUGUAUACCUUUUCACCAAUUGAGAGAGAGAGAGAGAGAGAGAGAGAGCGAUAAUUUUUUGAUCCAGAGAGAGAACCAUAAUUUUUUGAUCCAUUUUUGGCACAAGAAGUCUCCAUCUAAUUGAUGUCACCUUGUGUGGUUGACCUUUCUCUCCAUGAAACCAAUAAGGAUGUGUAUAUUCAUGGGCCUUUCCUGAACAUAGUUACAUUCAUUAAGCACGCUUCUUUCGUUGUUUUGUGGGUGAUUAGAGAAUUUUGACGUGGUUUUGAAUGUAUAUUCAUAGUUUUGAA